AUGCAAGUGAUCAACCUCAAGUUGAACGAUCGGACUGCUGUCAGCUUGUCACCUCUCAUGAUCUGUUGGCUGUUCCUGUUCGCCCGAUCGGAGGGCCAACCGCCGGUCGGCACUCCCAGGCCGCCGCCAUGUAACGCUGGCUGCAACGCACGGCACCAACCAACGUCCAAGACGCACGAAAUGCUUUUAGCCAGAGUUUCAGAAUGUUCGACCUCGGCAGCCCGCUCAACCACUCGCUCUACGCUCUGUACGGCUAGUUGGGCAGACUGCUAUGGUGUUACAGUGGUACACCAAGAAAAACAAAGUUUUUGCCCUGAGCAACUGCUCUCCGCCAAGGUGGAAACGAAACCGUGGGGGGAGGAGGAGGAGGAUGAGGAGGACUCUGGAGGGUGGCACGGGUGGGCAAUGGGAGGCCUUUCACAACUGCGCUGUUCCUUGAAAGGGGUUUGGCGGCUUCGCGAAAGAUAG